AUGGUUAAUGAUGGUGACUGUGACAGCCUCUCCGGCGAUGCCAACAGCGACAGUAGCAGCGACAGCGACGGCGGUAAUGACGACGAUGACGAUGAUUAUAACGAUGACGGAAGUUCCAGCAAUAGCGACGGCGAGGAUGGCGGCUGCACCAUUAAGCGCAAGGCGGACCAAUCGCCUUUAGUGACCAGUUCCGACGAUGGUUAUACUGACGGUCUUUCCGAUGACAAUAUGGCGGUGAAGACCCCUAGACCGCACAAACGUCAGAAGGUCGCCCAUAAGGCAGUAGACAUAAGCCCCAACUACAGUCAGAACCCUACGCCUCACUCUAGAGGACGUCCACUACGAUCGCCUAGACGGGCUUAG